CAAGUUGAUGACUUUUUCUAUAUAAAUCCCGUUUCAUCCUUCCUUGCUUGAGACCCUUGCCGGUUCUUGCUGGUUUUUCCCUCUCCUUUCCCUUCUCUAUAAAUCUCUACAAAACAAAAUUCGUUCUUUGCAUUCUUGUUAAACCCAAAUCUUUCUUUGCUUUCUUGUUUUCUAGGUGUUCUCUUUUAAGAUCUGGCUAACACUCAGGAAAAAAUUCUGGAGGAAACCAACAAGAACCAAGAGGUCGUUCAUGCCCUCUAUGAGGCCUUAAAAACUCGAGACGUUGAAACCGUUCACGAAAUCCUUGCUCCUGACCUUGAGUGGUGGUUCCAUGGCCCCCCAACUCACCAGUUUAUGAUGCGCCUGCUCACUGGAGCUUCAUCAGACGACUCUUUCCAUUUUGAGCCUCUUUCUUUUACCACCUUUGGGUCCACCGUUAUCGUUGAAGGCUGUGAUCAUAACCGUUCAAUCUCUUGGGUUCAAGCCUGGACUGUUACGGAUGGGAUAAUUACCCAAGUGAGGGAGUACUUCAACACUUCUCUAACUGUUACUCGCCUUGGAAACUCCACCCGAUCCCCACCGUCCGACUACAAGUCAUCAUCCCCAUCGUCGUCUGCUUCGUCGUCAACGGCUGUGCAUUGCCCUUCCGUGUGGGAGAGCAGCUUGUCCAACAGGCUUGGAAAGUCUGUGCCGGGUCUUGUCCUGGCACUUUAGUCAUUUCAAAGCUCUCUCUCUGUGAUCAGGUGCAGCCUUAGGUAGGGCAAUAUAAUACGGUAAAUAAAAAGGUGCUUGCGUGUCAGUUCCUUAUUGGUGACCUACUUGCUGAUGGGCUGAAAUACCGUUAGGACAGAGAGAUCAGAGAUGUGAGUCCUUAAGGUCCUGUAUGUAUGUUUCCAUGCACGGACCGUGUCUUACUUUAGGGGUCUGUUUGUUUAAUUUGUUCAACUUGUAUUGCGUUUCUUUUCCAACGUAUUUGCCACGGUGGUUGGAGAUUUGUGGGUCCACCAUGGGAAGACCUACUUGUUCUUCUUUCCCUACUCUCUAUGUCUAUGAUGUAAGGUGUUUCCAUUGUCCGAUAAAAGGAUUGUCCUUUGAUUUUCUUACCA